AUGGCUAACGAGGGAUUCGCGAAACCAUGGUUGGAGUUCGAAGAAGAGUUCGGCGAGCGCAUGCUCCUGAAGCCGCCGGUUUCGAAUAUGACUGAGCAAUUCAUGCGAUACGGUGGCCUCAUGGCUUCGAAAUACACCUUCCCCGCGCCCGACCCUUCCGUGAAGACCGAGGACACAGUCACCGACGACGGGACCAAAGUGCGCAUAUAUACACCUGACGGGUAUACCGGUGGUAAGCCAGUGUGCAUGUACUAUCAUGGUGGUGGCUGGGCUAUGGGAGAUGUCAAUGGCGACGACCCAUUCAGCAGAGCAAUUUCCAAAGCCGGUGGCAUAGUGGUUGUAUCUGUUGAAUAUGGCCUUGCGCCGGAGAACAAACAUCCUGGGCUGCUGGACGAGUGCUACAAGGCCUUGGUGUGGGCGUUAGCAAAUUCGAAGCGACUCAACACCGCUGAGGGCAGGUACCUCACCGCAGGAGUCUCCGCGGGAGGUCAACUGGCUUUCGCAACUGCGCUGCGAGGCCAGGACGAGAAGUCGGGCGAACUUGUUGGUGUUGUUGGAAUUAUACCUGCGACCGUCCAUCCAGAUGGUGUUCCCGAGGCACUCCGGGCUGGUUAUACAUCAAUGGAGGAGCAUGAUCAGCACACCAUCAACACUUCAGGGGCAAUGAGAGACUUUUGGGCUGCCUUCGGUGCACCACCAACAGAUAUAUACGGAUCGCCGCUCCUUCACCCAGGAACCAAACACCUGAAGAAGGUCUACCUGGCUGUUGCGGGCCAAGAUACAUUGAAAGAUGACGGCAUGCUUAUGAAGCGUUUGCUCGAUGAUGCGCAGGUACCUGUCAAACUCGACUACUACGAUGGCUAUCCACAUUUCUUCUUCGCCUGGCCUUCGCCCAAACUCGAUGAGCCGAGGAAGCAGUUCUAUGACAACCUGACUGAAGGAGUGAAGUACGUGUUAUCGGAGUAG